CACCAGAUCGACUGGAACCGACAGAUGUCUUGCAAGCAAGUUAUUGAGUGUUGAGGUUUUCCUGACAAUAGUGGCAUUCUUUUGUUUUGGUGAUUGAUCUGACAGAUAUCGGAAUCAACAUUUUUAUAAAAUGGCGAAAAAAAACAGUUCAAAAAAAUCCUUCAAAAGCUUAUUUUCUAAAAGCGAGGCAAACUUGAGCGAGUCUGUAGAGAAAACACACGAGGAAAGAAGCGGAGGAAAGAAGUUCAAAUUCUUCAUAUUUAAGAAAAAGGCUAAACCCGAAAAAGACAAAACACAAAUGUUCGUCAGUGCUGCUGAGACCAUUGGAUCUGGUGGCGAUGCCGAAGGGAUGGAUGCUGAGGACUGGCCUGAUGUCAGUCAAACCAAGAAGACCAGAUCCCUGACUGCUCCUAGGUCAAAGCAUACUGGUCCGCCUCCCCCCACCCCUCUUCCUCCAUCUGUACUUCCAACUAUCGCUCGUAAGCAGGCGCAAGACCUCAGCUACUCAGAAACGGACCUCCGUGCCAAGCCCAAGAGGUUCGGCACGUUCACUUUUGGAUUGAAGAGGAAGAAGAAGAAGAGUGACCGUGAUCUCUCCCAGAGCAUCAUGGUCCUGCACAGCCCGGAGACUAAGGUCGAAGGGCAAGAGACGCAGGAGCGCCUUGACCACAGUACGUGGGACAGCAGGCAUUGCGGCACUUUAAACAGAAGCAUUGUGUUUUCUAUGUCUCAGCCAGACCUUGACACUGAGACACUGCUCACCACUGAUCCAUCUCCUGCCGUUGCCAAGAAGUCACUGGCCCGAGAGCCCACGACAGACAGUUCUUUAACUGUCACCAAUGAAACACAGCCCCCGAUGGACAGACCUAAAAACGUAACCAACCAGUCAAAUUCCCGGGGCAGUGCUCUUCCUCUUAGAGUAGGUCGGGCUACAAAAAUGGCCCCGUUAGCCCUGCCUGAGGUAGAAUGGGACGAUUCCUCACAGGAAGAGGACGGGAAAGACGUUCAUUGUUACAAACCUUAUUCCUCAAAAGCCCAAACAGACACCUCUCCUAUGGAUGCCGGUAGCGUUAAACCUUCUCCUCCCUCUAUCCAACCAAGUCCACUUCCACUGUCCUGCCCAUCCAGCCCACUUCCAACCUUUAACCCUGCUAGCCCCUUUUCUACAGCUCCCACCUCAAACGAGAGGGAUGACUUCCCCCGCUGUCCCGUAACCAGCUCGGAACCUGUGAGAAGUGGUCCUUCAGAUUCCGUCCUUUCAGUUAUUGCACCCUCCCAUACCCAAGCGGUUCCCUCUGAUACUGAGGUCUCUAAUGUUACCUUCUCCGCUGGCAGACAUGUUCCUGCUGAAAAUGUCAGCAUUGUUGCCCCUAAUACUGAUCUCCCUCAGACGCCCUUGGAUCCCAGUGUCGAAACCACUAUUACUGAAACUGAUAUUAACCCUGAAGAAACGGUGACAUCAGUCCGGACCUUGAACACAAUGGCUGUCAACGACAUAGAUGCACCCAUUCUGAAGAAUGACACCCUUGCUUGUAAAACAGUCACCACUGUUACUGACAUGGACAUUCUUGUCAAUCCUGUUGUUACUGUUGACACCGCCUUUGCAUAUGACCACUUUGUCUCUAGCAGUGACACAUCUACGUCUGAAACGCUAACCUCCGUUGCCAGCAUUGCCAACACUGUCUCCAGCACAGACACCUCCAGUGCCAACGCCAGUGUAACUCCGCGUGACUCAUUAUUUCCUCAAGAUUUAACCUCAGAACAAGAAUCUACCCUGCCAGGUCCUUGCAUGACUCAGGGAGGUCUCGACACCAACCGAAACAUGGUGAAUAAUGAAACUGACCCAUACCUGUUUUUGGAUAACCCCUUUGACUCCGUAACUCAUGGUUUACCGGAACCAGUGGAACAGGAGUCUGAGACUGGCAUGAAUCGCAUUAAACCUAGUUUCAAUGACGCCACCCAAUCCACUCCAUUCCGCUCUGCCACCGAUGCCACUGUCAUAGACCUAUCUGUGGCCGAAGACUCCAAAAUGGAUGCCAGACGCCAUGGCGCAGACACCACUGCCUCCCCUAAUACUGACCAAACAGUUACUCAUAUUGACUCUGAACGACUAUUCAAAGAUAUGUAUGACUCUUUCUUUCCAAACCGCUUUCCUUCACAUCACAUGUCCUAUCUCAACCAGUCUGUCAUCGCCAGUAGCAUGCCUGACCCUCCACCUCCUAAUACAGACCCAUUUCUUGAAAACACAGUUGCACCAGUAUCUCUGCAUGAUGCUGCCCACUGGCGCACAGGUAUCUCCCUUACUGAGCCAAUGGAAAUCGAUGGCUUAGUGCCUGAGGAUCCUACAUCUCAUACAGAAGUCUCUAAUGCUGACUCCAGCUCCAGUGACACAAAUGAAGCUUUCUAUGACUGUCUUCUCCCUGAAAACUUUUCUUACAACCGGUUGUCCACCUUCUCCGACCUUGACAAACAAGGCACUGAUCGGCUGCCACUGGACUGCAACACUCAACCAAGUCUUGUUGGUCAGUCUUUGACCUCGACAUUUACGAUAUGCCUUGAAACUGACGACCCCGAUAACACAAAUUGUGUCCUUCCUCAUUAUGAUCUGCACUUUGAUGGAAAUGAUCAAACUUCCUCAGAUAAUGUGAGUGUCACAUCUGGAAGUGUUAGCGCUGCCACUCCUAGCAGUGAGAAUUCCCCUCAUCUUGAGUGCACCGAGGGGGGAUCCUUUGGAGUACAAGUGCACCACAACGCCAAUGAUUAUUUUUGCUCCUCAACGAUAGCUGAAACAAUGGAUAGAGAAUUUGGUCCAAAAACAGGAGUAGAAAUAAUGGUAGAAGAAAAUUGGCAGAUUAGAGAAUAUUUUAGGCCCGGUGCUACAGACAUUGCCAAAGAAAGAUCAGGUGAUAUGUCCACAGUGGCAACUGAGAAAGUUAAUGAAGCAGCCAUAAUGGAAGAGGCCGUGGGCAAAGAUAUUCAUGGACAGAUUGAGGAGCAUAUUCCCAUUGAGACAGAAGUUGUCAGGGCGAGCUCACGUUACGCAACCAUACCAGAGAACAGCAGUGCCGUGGAGGUCUCUAUGUCAGUGGUCCAUUACAGCAUCCCAGAAGAUAACACAGAGGAGAUAAGAGUGUCAAAGCUGAAGGCAGACAAAGGUCAAGAAACUGACAAACUACAGAGGAAGGGUAAUGAAACCAUUGAAGUGGAAUGGAGCGUGGAGUCAAACAAAGAAAUCAAAGAGAUGUCCUUUAGAAAUGUUGAGACUGCUCAGUUAAACACAGAAGAUAGAAGCCAAAAGCUUGAAGUCCAGAAAGAGAAGCCAAACAUAAGUUACCCAGAAGAGAGAGACGCGGAUUGGUCGCUGGAGGUGGUGAAAGAGGAGUGGAAGGAGGGGGCGGAACAAGCCCUACCGGUUCAGCAGGCAUACACAUUUAUGGAAUGCGAGUCGCCGGCCCUGCUUCCCACCACAGUCCCGCAUGGAGUGGAGGAGGAGGGAUCAGGGACUAACCAGAGCACGACUACACACGCGUACCUGGGAAGAGAGGCCUGCCCCGAAACACACACACUUACACUCCCCUCAGGGAAGGAAGAGCUACCUCAGGAUGGGCUGGACGAGCGCCGGAUACACAACGCCACAGGCAACACAGAGACAGGCGACACACUUGCAGCACCUGACACAGUCCCCGCAGGUGGAGAGGAGAGUGUUUUAGUCUCACACACAGCAAAAGUAGUUGACUUAGUCACUUGUCUUGUCAAGGACACAGGUUCACCCUGUACUGAGGGCACACUCACUCACCCUGAUCGGAGAGUGAAAGAAGACACCGUUGUCGCACGCAGCCCAGAGAGCAGGAACAAACACACACUUGAAACAGACAGAGAAGAGUCAGGCACAGUCACACACACCCCCCAGUCAGAGACUAACACUGUCGGCUGGGACACGGAAGGAGUCAGCGCAGUGCCAGAGCAGGUGGAUGAGAAUCUUCCAGUCACAGAGGAAACCAUCCUAGACAGACUCCAGAAGGCCAGUGGUCUUUUUGCUGAGGAAACGGAGAGACCAGGAGCGGAGUCAGAGCAGCUGGGAGUAAAGCUGUCAGGAGACUGCCUCAGCCAGCCUGGGUAUCUGGACACUUCAGCUGUUCUCAGUACAGCUUCCGAAAGGUCUGAGGACUCUGAUUCAAAUAUUCAGAAGGCAUCAGUUGCCCAAGAGUCAGACGGCGAGAUGAAGUCAUACAGUUCUACCCUCAUUGUUAAACCCUCUCCUGCCCACGAUGGCAUGAAUGAAACAAAACAGCGCUUCCGCAAAGUCUCCCUGGUCACUAACCACAACAAAGCUGAUUUCACUAAAAACAGCAUUAAUCACAGUGCAAGCCCCAUUACAGAUCCCAGUAAUACUGAGGCUGACCUAGGUCCUGUCAUACCUGAACACAGACCCGGCUACCCGAACCAAGGGGCUGGCUCCACUUUGGACCCCCAGGGGGAGUCCAUGCACUCUGUCUCUACGCCGGAUGAGUCCAGAAAGUCUACAUGUACUGAACAUAACUCCCGCUCGCCCUCCCCCCCUCUGAACACACGACACCUCACCUCCCCCGUGCUGCGAGUAGAGGAACCGUCCUCUUUCUCCUCUGAGGGGCCUGGUUCCCCUGGCAACGGUCACUGUCUGAGUGGCGGGGCCGAAGUUCAGUUGAGCUGUGAGAGCAGCGUGCCACGGGCAGAAACAGGCAGGGGGAGGAGGCAGGGCGAGGAGGAGCCAGUCGCUGCACCUGCAGUACAGAGGGAGAGAGAGGUAGAGCGAGAGAGGGAGGAGGGAGUGUCGGCAACAGAGGGAGUUAAGUCGGAUUCCGUGUCGCAGCCACUCCCAGUCUCAAGCUUGUCCUCGGCGGGGCGCCACGCUGAAGACGCUGGCGACAACUUCUCCAGAGUGUACACGGCCACGCGCGUGGAGCUGCUCACCGACUCGUCCCCCUCGUCCUCACCUGUGACCUCCAACCCGGGCUCCCCUUUCCAAAACGACAUGGAGAUCCUAGUGGACACUCUGAAGAGCAUGAACCCUCCCCAGAGGCAGAGGAGCCUGCGGGGUUCCACCGCCCCCUCCAUUUUCUCCUCGCUGCCGCCCAUCGUGGAGGAUGCCCCUUGCCACAGCCCCAGUCAGACCAAAUCGCCUGAGGUAUCCCCUGGAUCUCCACAGGAGGGAUCCAACAGCUUUUAUAACUUCCCUGUGGACCUGGGCCUUAAAUGGGGUACCCCCAGGGACACGCGCUCGCCUCUGGAGCUCAUGAAGGAGCAGCAAGGUAACCUCGGAGGCCUCAACCUGCCUUUCCAAGCCUCAGCUGUGAGCAACGUCUCCCUGAGAAAGUGGUCCGUGGGCAGCGAGUCAUCCCCCGAGAGCUCGCCUUCCCCCCUGACCAACGGAGGAAGCAGCAGCCAGACGCCCUCGCGUUUGGACAACUCGAUUCUGUUCUCCAGCUACCGCUCCGCGUCGAUGGAUCAGCCCCGGGAGAAUGGUAAAGCCCAUAGCCCAGCCUCGUCUAGCCAGGACCGCAUGAGCUCUGAUCCGGUUAUGGGCAUGGCUGGUGGGCUUGGGAGCGGACUUGGAUUCGGAUCUGGGAUCGGAAUAGGAACAGGAACCGACCCUUUAAUCCCUUCCCGCUACGAGCGUUUCUCCUUCCUAAUGUCCGGCUCCUUAACUGGAAACCAAGUGGACACCAUCUCUCGCAUGAGCGGGCCUCCUUCACUACCUAGCUUCACCUCUACCUUAGGAGACCUCCUCAGUCCUACAAGCUCAUCUAUGGACAUACACAAGUCCUUUACUAGCUCUAUUGACUCCCAGUCCAAGCUCAGCCAGGGUUCCAUGGGUUCCGUGGGCUCUCUUGGUCUGGGUCUGCAGAAGAGCUUCAGUAACGAAGGCCUGAACUCACCACUGUUCAAUAUCGGAUCCCCCCUUGGAGGUUCUGCCCAUGGAGGGUCAGUUCACGGUGGUUCGAUUCAUGGAGGAUCCCCUCAGGGAGGGUCUAUCUACGGAGGAUCUAACUUCAGUCCAGAGCCUGAGAUGAAUCCAGUGCCCAAAUUUAGGGCCUUUCCCGAUGCUUAUCUCACCAAAGAGAAGGAACAUGGGAAGCUCAACCCUCGGCCAGGAAAGAUGUUCAUCUUUGAUCGGCCAGGGAUGUGUGGUCAGAGGAUUGAAGUGCGCAGUGAUAUUGUUGAUGCAACACCCUGGGAAUUACAGGAGACCAUCUCUAUCAGGGUUGUCAGAGGAGGAUGGGUCUUAUACGAAAAGCCUAACUUCAAAGGGGAGAAGAUUGCUCUGCAUGAGGGAGACGUAGAGAUCACCUACCCCUUCAACCUCCCCGAGCCAGAAGAACCACCACAACAGCAGGAUGGACAGAACGGACAAAACGGAGAGAAAGAGGAGGGCGGAGAAGAAGUGGUGGUGGAGGCCGAGCCAGUCAGGAAGUUCAUCAUAGGGUCAAUACGCAGAGCUGUCAGGGAUUACAGCGUCCCUGAGAUCAGUCUAUUCCCAGAGGAGAACGCAGAGGGGAAGAAGGUGACCUUCAGGGACACGUCAGACGAUGCCAGAAUCUUUGGCUUCCCCAUCAAAGCCAACUCUAUCAUCAUUAACGCCGGGCUAUGGUUGGUGUAUGCUCAGCCUUUCUUCCAGGGGGCACAUCGUGUUCUGGAGGUGGGGGGAUAUCCCAACCCUGCUUCCUGGGGUGUGGAACAGCCCUAUGUGGGAUCAGUACACCCUCUAAAGAUUGGUGAACCAAAAGUAGAGAAACCCAGUGAGCCAAAGCUGGUGCUGUACGAGAAGCCUUACUUCACUGGGAAGACAAGGACCAUCUACACCAACAUGAGAGACUUUAUGACGAGGCUGGAUAAACAGCAGAUGACCUUCAUGUACAGCGCCGGAUCCAUUAAAGUUCAGGGAGGCUGCUGGGUGGGGUAUGAGAAGGAGGGUUUCCGAGGACACCAGUACCUGUUGGAAGAGGGAGAGUACCAUGACUGGAGAGUGUGGGGUGGCCACAAUUCCGAGCUUCGCUCUGUCAGGGUCAUACGAGCAGACCUGACGGAGCCCAUGCUGGUGAUGUCUGAGCAGCCUGACGCGGACCAGGAGAGUCAGGAGAAGACCUUCGAGGUGACCGAGGCCAUUCCGGACGUGGAGCUCUUCGGAUACCGAACGGCCACGAGCUCCAUCCACGUCCUCAGUGGAGCAUGGAUAGCCUACUCUCACGUGGACUUCUCUGGAGACCAGUACAUUCUGGAGAAAGGCUUCUAUGGUAACUGCGCAGACUGGGGCUCCACCGACAAUCGCAUCUGCUCUGUUCAGCCCAUCUUACUGGCUCCGAGUGAAUGCCAGGGCAGCAUCAGGAGUGAGGUUAUGUUGUACACGGAGCCAGACUUCCAGGGUGAAUGCCACGUCUGUGACAAAGACCAGGAAUCCCUCUCUGACCAGCUUGUCGUCAAGUCCUGCAGAGUAGUGGGAGGAAGCUGGGCGGUGUAUGAAGGGCGACAGUAUUCGGGCAACCUCUAUGUCCUGUCGGAAGGAGACUACCCCAACUUCACCAGCAUGGCGUGUCCUCCCAACUGUGUCAUACGCUCACUGAAGACUGUCCCACUGGUGUUCUCUGUGCCCUCCAUCUCCCUGUUCGGCCUGGAGUGUUUCGAGGGGCGUGAGAUCACCAUGGACAUGGAGGUGGCCAAUAUGCUCGAGGAGGGCUACAACAACCACAUACUUUCCGUCAGAGUCAACCGAGGAUGCUGGGUGCUGUGUGAGCACAGCAACUACAGGGGGCGCCAGUUCUUAUUGGAACCGAUUGAAAUCACCAACUGGGGCAAAUUCAGCCAUCUCGUCACCAUUGGCUCGAUGUACCCAAUAAGACAGAGGCGGCACUUUUUCCGCAUCAAGAAUAAGGCGCAAGGUCACUUCCUGUCCAUCCAGGGCGGUGUGGAGGAAAUGAAGUCAGGACGUGUGGUGGCCACCGAGCAAGUGGAGGGCAUGAGCGAUGUAUGGUUCUACCAAGACGGUCUUAUUAAGAACAAGUUGGCUCCUACUAUGAGCCUGCAGGUGAUGGGUAAUGUGGAGGCGGGGUCAAAGCUGGUACUGUGGUCAGAGACCAGGCAGCCGGUCCAGACCUGGACAGCCCAUAUGACAGGCACCGUCGCCAGCCUCACUUUCCCUGGCAUGGUGCUCGACAUCAAGGGUGGAAAACAGUAUGACAGGGACCACAUUGUGAUUCAACCGGCGAGUGAAGACAGGCCUUGCCAACAGUGGGAGCUGGAGCUAUUGUAACUUUGCAUAGACUUUCCCUUCACUCCCUACAACUCUUACAAUAACCCCAAGCACUAGAAAACUACUGCUUUUGUGCAUGUGGACAUGGAUAGUUCCUACAGGUGGCGCCACAUACUUAACCCAAUAUCGUCCUCUUCAGUCACUCUGAGAACGUUGUCUUUGGAGUUCAUGGGCUUUUCUUUUAUUCUGUGAAGGAUCAUAUGUGGAGGGUCAUUUCUGGUCUUUAUCUAUGAGGAAAGCAACGUAAGAACAAGUUGACAAUAAACAACUAGUGCCUUUGAGUGUGGUCAGCUGGAGAGAAUGGGUAGGGAAGUGCUUGCCUCUUUCCUCUCAGGACUGAACCAAUCACUAGAACCCAACAGCGAUUAUCCAGAAGGUUAAAAUAACUGCUGUAUUGCUCCACAUCUGUGUCUUCAGGCUCAUAUUGAAGAUGAAUUUCUAAGGAAGCCAGAUGGAUGUACAUUAUGUUGUGAAAUUACAUAUUUUUAUAGUUUUUUUUCUUCUUUUGUUUGACUAUGUAACAUACUACAUUUUGGGAGAACUUUGGAUGGGAAGUGUAUUCUUCAUGCAGUAUAAUAUUUUGUAUGGUGCAUUGCAAUGACCCUAUGGGCUUUUAUGCAGUUGUUCUGUGAGUUCUUAAAUGUGAUGUUUCUAUUUGACAAUGAUAAAACUGCAGUCAUUUCUUUAGACAUCAACCGUGAAUGUGAUAUUUACUGUCAUCACGCAGGUUAAAUGCUUGUAUUUGUACAUAAAACAAAAUGCUUUGCUCAUUUCCGAAUCCUUCUUUGAUACCAAAAAUAUGUGAAUUGUUAAAAUGGUGUGGUUUUAAAAUAUAUAAAAAUAAAAGUUAU